AUGGUUCAAUUCUACUCCGAGGAGCUCAAGUUAGAAAGAACGGAUCCAACGCUAUGGAGGCUGCGUACUGACGAAUUGGGCCGUGAAACGUGGGAAUACUUAACUCCUGAACGAGCUAAGAAUGAUCCGCAGUCUACUUUUACUCAAUGGCUGUUGAUGAUACCUGAUUUUCCAACACCAGCACCAGACAAACAUUAUGGCUGCACCGAUUUCACCGCAGCUGAUGCAUGUCGGAAUGGCGCUUCAUUUUUCAAACUUCUCCAGGAUCCUGAGUCUGGUAUUUUCCCUUGUCAGUAUAAAGGUCCAAUGUUCUUGACAAUAGGAUACAUCGCGGUGAACUACAUCGCUGGGACAAAAAUUCCGGAUCAUGAAAGAAUAGAGCUGAUCAGGUACAUUGUUAACACUGCCCACCCUGUUGACGGAGGAUGGGGGUUGCAUUCUGUAGAUAAGUCGACGGCCUUCGGCACCGUUGUGUGCUACGUGGGUUUGCGUUUGCUUGGUCUCUCCAAAACGCAUCCUGUUUGUGUGAAAGCGAGAAAGCUGCUUAUGAAGCUUGGUGGCGCCAUCGGAGCUCCGCACUGGGGGAAGAUCUGGCUAAGCGUUCUGAAUCUGUACAAAUGGGAAGGAGUAAAUCCUGCUCCGCCAGAGACGUGGCUGCUUCCUUAUUCGCUGCCCAUUCAUCCUGGUAGGUGGUGGGUCCAUACGAGAGCGAUUUAUUUGCCAGUGAGCUAUCUGUCAUUAAUACGUUAUUCUUGUCCACUGACAGACCUGCUGGAGGAAUUGAGGACCGAAAUAUAUACACGGCCUUUCGAAACAAUCGAUUUCUCGAAGAAUAGGAACACAGUCUGCGGAGUGGACCUUUACUACCCUCAUAGCACCGUUCUGAAUAUCGCAAACACGGCGAUGGUGUUCUACGAGAAAUACAUUAGGCCUUCUUGGCUAUCCAAGAUGGCCAAGAGGCGAGUGUACGAUUUGGUUAAGAAGGAGAUAGCCAACACGGACUACCUCUGCAUCGCUCCUGUCAACCAAGCGUUCUGUGCCUUGGUGACUUUGAUAGAGGAGGGAGUCGAUUCCCCACAGUUCAAAAGAUUCCAAGAGAGGUUCAAAGAUGCUCUUUUUCAUGGCCCUCAAGGCAUGACCGUAAUGGGCACUAAUGGCACUCAAACAUGGGACUGCGCCUUUGCCAUUCAGUAUCUCUUCGUUGCUGGUUUGGCAGAGCAGCCGCAAUAUUUCGAUACUAUCUGCGCAGCCUAUAAGUUUCUCUGCCGUACUCAGUUUGAUACAGAAUGUGUGGAAGGAAGCUUCAGAGACAAGAGAGUGGGCGCCUGGCCAUUCUCUACCAAAACCCAAGGAUAUACGGUCUCAGAUUGUACCGCCGAGGCCAUCAAAGCCAUCAUCAUGGUACGACAUUCUCCGAUAUUUUCUCAUCUUCGUGACGAGAUAAGCGAUGAAAAACUGUGCAAGGGUAUCGACGUCCUUUUAAGUUUACAGAACAUCGACUCUUUCGAGUACGGCUCUUUCGCUACUUAUGAGAAAAUUAAAGCACCUCUGUCAAUGGAAAAACUGAACCCUGCAGAGGUUUUUGGGAACAUUAUGGUCGAAUUUCCCUACGUAGAAUGUACAGACUCUUCAGUGUUGGGAUUGACCUAUUUCCACAAAUAUUACGAUUACCGCAAGGAAGAAAUUUCGCAGAGGAUCAAACUGGCAAUUGGCUAUAUCAAAAAAAACCAGCAAGAAGAUGGCAGUUGGUAUGGCUGCUGGGGUAUCUGUUUUACCUACGCUGGUAUGUUUGCCAUGGAAGCCCUUCAUAGCGUAGGGGAGGACUAUUCAAACUCUGAGGUUGUUCGCAAGGGAUGUGAUUUCUUUGUUAACAGGCAGCUUCCCGAUGGUGGGUGGGGAGAAUCAAUGAAAUCCAGUGAAUUGCACACAUAUGUCGAUUCUGUUGAUUCCUUAGUAGUACAGACGGCGUGGGUUCUGAUCGCGCUGCUGUUGGCCAGAUAUCCCAACAAAGAAGUUAUUGACGCAGGUGUUGAACUUCUGAAGAAAAGGCAGCUUCCAUCAGGUGAAUGGAAGUUCGAGAGCGUCGAAGGUGUCUUCAACCAUUCUUGUGCCAUCGAGUAUCCUAGUUAUAGGUUUCUCUUCCCAAUAAAAGCCCUAGGUCUUUAUUGUAAAAUAUACGAUGAUGAUGCUAUUUAA